AUGCUAGAGCAUAAAUGUCUUAUCCUUGUCUCUUUAGACUCCCUUUCCGAAAUGCUCUAUUAUGUUGGUCCAAAUCUAUUCCGUGUCUCGCCUGGCUCCGAUGACUCAUGUGACCUAUACACGGAGGCAGCAGAAGCGGCUACUCAGCAGACGAAUGGCCGUCUGGCGGCCAAGUACUUUGAACUAGCCGACGAGGUCUACGCCAAGGCGGGAGUGGAAAGCGAGUAG